AGCAGCAGCAGCUGCAGGCCAAGGAGAAGGAGAUCGAGGAGCUCAAGGCCGAGAGGGACACGCUCCUAGCUCGGAUUGAGCGCAUGGAAAGGAGGAUGCAGCUGGUGAAGAAGGAUAACGAGAGAGAGAAACACAGGAUUUUUCAAGGUUAUGAAACAGACGAGAAGGCUGAAUCAGAAGCCUCUGAGAAACUACAAAUUGAAUGCCAGCAGGAUCUCUUGGAGGCUUCCCAGCCCUUGCCUCCAAAACACUUCUCGUAUGGAAGAAAUGGAAAGGGACAUAAAAGGAAGUCGGCGUUUGGAAGCGCAGAGAGGAAAACGCCCGUUAAAAAGCUGGUGUCUGAAUUUUCAAAAGUCAAGAGUAAAACUCUGAAGCACUCUCCACUGAAAGAGGAGCCAAGUAGCUCUUUAUCGGAAACUGUUUGCAAACGUGAACUGAGGAGUCAAGAGACUCCAGAAAAAGCCAGAUCGCUAGUGGACACUCCCUUAAAACCAUCCACCCCCUUGAAAAGCCCCAGUGAUAAAAGAUUCCCCAGCGAGACGGAAGACCUGCCGUACCUUUCAACCACCGAAAUGUACUUGUGUCGUUGGCAUCAACCUCCCCCAUCCCCGUUGCCGUUACGAGAGCCCUCUCCAAAGAAGGAGGAGACUGUAGCAAUUCCUUCUUGGAGGGACCAUGUCGUAGAGCCCCUGAGAGACUCCAGCCCUUCAGACCUCUUGGAGAAUCUAGACGACAGCGUAUUUGCCAAAAGGCACGCGAAGCUGGAGCUGGAUGAGAAGAGAAGGAAAAGGUGGGAUAUUCAGAGGAUCAGGGAACAAAGAAUUCUACAGCGACUGCAGCUCAGAAUGUAUAAAAAGAAAGGAAUCCAGGAAUCUGAGCCUGAAGUUACCUCAUUUUUCCCUGAGCCAGAUGAUGUUGAAAGCUUGCUGAUUACCCCCUACUUGCCAGUUGUAGCAUUUGGCCGACCAUUACCAAAACUAACCCCACAGAACUUUGAGCUGCCGUGGCUGGAUGAACGGAGCCGCUGUCGGCUGGAGAUGCAGAAGAAGCAGACGCCUCACCGAACGUGCAGAAAGUAGCCGCUCGGGCAGUGUUGCGAUGGGCGUAGCGCGCCAUUGGCAACGGGCAGCGAGGAACUGUUUUAUUCAGUCCUGUGAAUCUUUACCCUUAUGGACAUUCUUACUCCCUGACGGUUUUCUCCACGCCUCUGUAUCUUUCCCAUCAUUCUGGUUUUUUUGUCACAAAAUUCUUUACCUGGCUGACUAACUGUGGUUUAUUUAUUUCUCCCCCCUCCUGCUUUUCUUACCAUCAAGUUCUCAAGCUUUAUGCUGGAGCAGCAGUGCUGGAAGCUCAGGCCGUCUGCCUAAACUUCAUCAGCUGCUGUGGCCACUGCAGCUCAUAAGAGGCCUUGUGACGGUUGAGAAGCCUAAAAACAGGCCUGCCUUGAUACCUGUCCCGCCUGCGAGCCUGCCUGGGCGUUGGCUCAGCACAGGGUGCGCAUCACUUUUCUGAAGCUGACGUUUAUUUUCUCAGACAUGCAGCUGAGAGCUCCGAGCGAGGGAAACCAGCAGGCCAAACCUUGCCUGGCAAGAACUUGCAGAUGGGACCAGCAGGCAAGCUUAUCACGCUGUCACUUUGAAGUUCUGUGGUGUAAAGAACCUACCUACGAGGAGUGUAAAGUCAGCUGCAAUUUCCUCUUGCCUGGCAGGUCAGGCUGCCAGUACGGUGCCUGUGUUGUGCUAGAUAGGUGAUUUGGUUUUAAAUAAAUGAGUGAACCUAACUUUAUGAAUACCCACUUCCCUGAGAGAGGCUGGCAGAGGGUCCUGAAUGUGCUGUGUCUCGCCAAGCAUGACUGGAGUGAACGCUGCAUCCCAUUGUUGCCAUGAGACACACCUGGUUAGUUAACCUGGGUCAGAAAUCAACUCUCUGCACUUUUCUGUAGCGAGACUCUCCUUGCGCCAUGGCCAGUGCGUAAACACUUCUCCAGAUGAGCCUAUUUGCCAGCUGCUCUGCCGGGUUCUAGACCGACUGGCUAUAGGGGGUGGGAAACGUUUUUGAUGGUGAAAACAGAAUUCGAGACGCACAAUGGUGAUUUGUUUUCCUUUCAGUGUUUUAAGGACAGCAGUGGCUGGCAACUCGCGUAUCUUGUCAGACGCUUGGAUUGGCUAGAGAAAAUUAGAGUGGUCCCUAUGCUUUAGCUCUAGUAAUUUGCUUCCUUUACGAAAUGAGCCUUCAUUGUUGUUCUACACUAGUGGUGAUACCAAAUGCUCUGGGGCAGGAUUCUCCAUCACCUUUCAGACUUAACAGCAGAAUGGAGUCAAGGCAGAUGGCCGGGGAAUGUUUGGCCGCUACAGAGAGCAUGCCUGUUACUCUCGUGCACAAGGCUUGCUUGUCAGAUUGCUCCACCGUUCUUGUCCUACCUCUGACAUGUGUGCGGCUGGGGGAGGAGCUAACGUCAUUUCUGAAAAUGUUCGUGGGCCAGGGAAGAAAUGUUCCAUUCUGAUUGUUCCUUUGGAGUUGUUAGUGUUGUCUAAGGCCAGCAAUCUUCUCUCCCUGCUUUGGUUCAAAUGGCUAUAAAUAGUAAUGCACAAAUACAAAAUGUGGCGUUUUUUUCCCUCCUUUUCCCUGUGAACUGGGAUGUAUUCUUAUGCAAUUUGGGAGAGAGGUUGAUUCUUACAACACGGCAGUGGGCCGUGCUAGGGUUCCUGUAGGAAUGGUGUUUGAAAGACGGUCUGAAAUCUACAUGAAAGGGGCAAAUCUUUUGAGACAUGGACCCUGGUACCACAUAGCCUGAAACAUUAGGGCUAUGCACUGCGCUUUUUUUUUUUUUUUUAAAUAAGGCUGUUCUUGAGUGUCCUGCUUUCGCAUGAUAGCGUGUGUUCUUAAUGGAUUUCUGUGCAAUUAGGAGCCAACAUGUUAAAUGGGCAAAUAUUAAGCUUGAGCCUUGUUUUCUUUCCUUGAUGUUGUCUCUUUCAGGUCUGCAUCAGGUGGGUUUUGCAUUCUGGUUAUACCCUGCAUUCGUGGCUUUUCAGGGGUCAGAACACUUACGUCCCAGUGACAGCUAGCUCUGAGAGGUAUCUGCUGGUAGCUGCUUGACCUCAGACUAAAGUCCCAGUGGUCCUGAUUUCCCGGGGCACACCUGGUUUUUAAACUCCAGACAGGCAGCCAUGUUUUAUAAAAAUGAUCUUUCAUAGAUAUCUAUCCAGCAGUCGUUAGCUACAGAUGGGGUGUGUGGGCAGGGAGUAGGUUGGAGGGAAAGUACCAAGUUAAAUUUUCAGUGAGUGUUGGCAUGGGAAAAAGUCUUAUUUCUCCCAAUAUGGGGUGCAACACUGUGAAACUCAAUCUGCAAUGGAAGGCCCUGCAAUUCCCUAUUAGAACCGUUCUUUGGUUUAAAACCUUGCUUUCUUUAACCAAGUUUAAGCUAGUGUAAAAAAAAAAAAUCUUAAAUACAAUUAAAAGCUUGUCUGUAUUCUUCAGCCUUGUUUUAUGGCCAUUUGACACCUAGUUGUCUGUAAUGCAUACUUUUGAUACCAUUUCUAAUGUAAAAUUGGUCGUCUUGUAAAUAUCUUAUAAAAAACGUUCAGUUGUAAAUAAACUUGUGGCUGUUAAUUUUUUGAAUUUCUGCUUCAGUUUGUUAGAAUUAACAGUGUUACUGGGGAGUAUUAAACAAUUCUGCUUGUAUGUUUAAAAAAUUUAAACAAAUCGAGAUUUUUUUUUUUUACAAUAAAAUAGAAAAAAACCCACGUACA